GAUCUUCGGCGGAGCUUCGCCUCUCCGUGUCAACAUCAGGAGAUGAAACAACAACCGGCGGCAUUAAGCAGCAAAACAAGCUAACGGACACAUGACCUGGCUCCCUGUGUGUGUGGACACCUCAGGGGAAGGUGUGUGGAGCCAACAGAUACGACGGAAAAGACCAAAGUAAGGACAGGACUGCUGUAGUUCGGACGAACGGUUCGGCUCGCUAACAGAACUGAUUAGCUAGCUUCACGUUAGCUGCUAGGAUUAAUGUUGCUUUUAAUUGCUCAUUAGAUACUCGGAGUUUCCAGCUUUCGCUGUCGUUUCUCUGAUUUAUCAACAUUUGGGCGUCAAUGUUGGGAGUACGUGGACUCCAUUCUGCUUGUUUUUAGGUCACCACGUUCACUCCUGAAUCAGGAUCGAUAUGAAGUCAAGAGGAAGUGAAACUGGGAUUUUGUUCUCGUUUAUUGUUUUGUAUGAUCAGAAAUGAAGUCACCGUUCAUUCUGUUUUUUUAUUUACUGUAGUUUAAUCCGUCUCUGUGGGAUAUACCGUCAUGUUUGCUCUCUCAGCACACUCUUCUGUUAGUACUGUCUUCACUGAGGGGCGUUCACGUGAAUUUCCGAGUAAUGGGCUGAUUUCCGAUUAAUCGACUGCGCGUGAACGUUGGGGACCACGUUAGCUCCUGACGGCUAAGAGCCUCAGGUAAACACCUGCCGCGGGUGUCAGGUCGUGAGUGCGCAUGUCAGUGAAACCUGGAAGUGAAAGUUCUUUUCUGAUCUCUGGAGGGCCGUUUGUUCUGUUUGUGUUUGUGUUUGUCUCCAUCCAUGGUGUGGACUCUCAGCCUGUUUUUGUUUGACCCGCAGAUCCACCUGAGACUGAUGGAGGACUAAACCUGACUGAUGGAAACCCAGAGGAAGAGGUAGGUUCAUCUUCCUCCUGUUUUUCAGCUGCCUGGAUGUGAAGAUGACCACGUGACUCUGCUGCUCACUUCUGCUUUCAACCACACAAACAUCUGAUGUUCAGAGCGGCUCCAGAGAAGCCCUCAGGUUUUCUCCUCUUCCUCUUCUUCACACUUGUGUUUUAAAUGAGUCGUUUUCUGCAGAACAUGAUGUUCCUGAGACGUUCCUGUGAAGCGUGCUCGUGUUUGCGGCCCUCAGGGGCCUUCUGUCUACUAAAGAAACACUGUGAGGCUUUUCUAAAGGGCUAGUUCAGAGUUUUUCGUAGUCUGGGUGUAAAUAGUCGCGUCUUACCCACAGAAGGUCCAGCUCAGCUCCUUACAUGAACAGAAGUUAGACCAUGAACCUCUGCAGACGGGUCGGCUCCACUCCAACAUUUAGGCCGUUUUAACAGCCGCUGAGCUCAGCAGUUCUCCAGGUGGAUGUGUUAGUGAGCUUCUGAGUGUGUUGCCUGGUGGUCAGGAAGUCCAGGAGAUGAUCUGGAUCCCUGAAGGUCCUCCACCUUCUUCAGAGAUCAUGACUGAUCAUAAUCUGGUUGUUGUCGCUCGUCUCCUCAGCUCUGGAGAUGACGGUGAAGGAGAGCGAGGUCUGCUCCACACCUGGAGGGGUUACUCCUGCAGUGUCACCCCCGAAAGGCUGCUCCUCCCCCGGCCCGUCCUGCAGGUCGCCCUGGGAACACGCCAUGGCGUCCUCCUGGUUGAAGGUAAGCACGGACCGCUCCUGUCAGACCCUCAGAUCCUGACUCCAGGUCAUGAACCCGUCAGUGUUCCUGUCUGUGUCCAGGUGGGCAGGUGUACAGUUUUGGGGAGUUGCCAUGGAGACAGAGUCAGCCAUCCGAGCCAGAGAAACCCGCCCUGGAGAGCGCGCUCAGCGGCCAGCGGGUGGUCUCCAUCGCGGCCGGAAGCUUCCACUGCGGCGCCGUGACGGAGGACGGCGGAGUCCACAUGUGGGGGGACAACAGUUGGGGUCAGUGCGGCUUGUCCGGCCUCAGCACCGUCCCAAACCCAACGCCGGUGGCUCUGCAGGAUUCGGACACCACCCCGCCCCAGACGGUGCCGGUCCUGGAGCUGGCCUGUGGGGGGCAGCACACCCUGGCUCUGUCGGCGCAGAGGGAGGUCUGGGCGUGGGGCAGCGGCUGCCAGCUCGGCCUCAUCGCCACCGUCUUCCCCGUGUGGAAGCCUCAGAAGGUGGAGCACCUGGCCGGCAGGUGUGUGCUGCAGGUGGUCUGUGGGGCUUCACACAGCCUGGCUCUGGUGCGCUGCCUCGGUCCACACGACCUGCAGCGCCCCCUGGUGGACAAAUGUAGACAGUGUAACCAGCUGCUCUACACCAUGACAGACAAAGAGGACCACGUCAUCAUCUCUGACGGACACUACUGCCCCCUGGGGGUGGAGCUCACUGAGGACCAGGGCCGACUAGAGGCGCCCGCUCCGAUCCAGAUCCUCAAGACGUCCCCGUCUGAGCCGGUCCUCCCCUCCCAGACCUCCACCCCAAACUCAGGACCCGCCAAAUGUUCCGACCCCUCAGACGGCCCUCAGGAGACAGAGGAGUCUGGUUUGGCUAACGGGGCUCUCCCAGCCGCAGACUUGAGCUCCUCGGCUCAGACUAAAGUCGGGGUCGUUGUUUCGGGGGUCAAGAGUUCUCUGUAUCCGGACGAGCAGGCGGUCAAAGACUACCUGAAGAAACUGACUGACAACACGGAACAGACCACCAGGACCUCCGCCCCCGGAGGAGGACUGCACACUCUGCUGGUGAGUCACUUUUCAUUUUCAUCCUUUUAUUUUAUUCAGUUCAUCUUUAAAACCUUCAACACAAACAAGGAAAAAAACAUGUGAACAAAAACGAGCAGAAAGAAGAAAACUCUUCGAGAAGAUACUUCAUCAACUCUUCUCUUCUCUCCUCUCUUCUCUCCUCUUCUCUCCUCUUCUCUUCCCUUCUUUCCUCUCCUCUCCUCUCCUCUCUUCUCUUCUCUCCUCUCCUCUCCUCUUCCCUUCUCUCCUCUUCUCCUCUCCUCCCCUCUCCUCUCCUCUUCUUUCCUCUCCUCUCCUCUCCUCUCUUCUCUUCUCUCCUCCCCUCUUCUCUUCUCUUCUCUCCUCUCCUCUCCUCUCCUCUCCUCUCCUCUCCUCUUCUCUUCUCUCCUCUUCCCUUCUCUCCUCUCCUCUCCUCUCAUCUCCUCCUCUCUCCUCUCCUCUUCCCUUCUCUCCUCUCCUCUCCUCCCCUUCAGCCCUCAGCAGGAGGUCUCUCCUCCACCCCCGGCUCCGCGCUCAACAGCCUCGUGGCCUCCUGCGCCUCAGCGGUGGGCGAACGCGUGGCCUCCACCUACGAGGCGCUGUCCCUCAAAAGGAUGAUGAACUACCUUCCCUCAGGAGCGCCCAGGCCCAGCGGGACAGCAGGACUCACAGGUGAUAACACCCCAGACCGAGUCCGCAUUGAGGACUCCUCACAGGCCAAGAAGAGCUCCAGCACUGGAGACAUCCGCGAGGAGGAGGCGGAGGGUCUGCGGCGCCGCCUGUCGCUCCCAGGACUCCUCUCACAGGGUAGAUACGCUGUUCAGCUCUUAUCCUCCUCCUCCUAUAAUCUGCUGCGUAAGUACGGCCCGUGCUCCUGCGGCUGGUCUCGCUCUGUGUGGGUUAGUUUGGGCUUCAGGCGUCUUCAUCGAGCUCACGAGCAUGACGACAGUGAGAGCUGGAGGACAGAACAGAGGAGGAGAAGGAAGUCCAACCACACAGUGAACACCUCUUAUUUCUGAAACAGCUCGAACUCUCAGGGUUUAAAUCUGAUUACAAACUUAAUCUCUGAUAAACCCUGUCAGGCUGAGGGUUCAAAAUUCCCGGGUCGGGGUUUAACCACACAAAGGCGCCCAUUGAUGAAGAGCAGAACUCCUCUGUGUCUUUAAGAUCAUGGUCUCAGUGUUGGACUUCCUCUCCUCCUGAUCUUCUGUUGUUUCUGGUGUUUUUGGAAACUGAAGGUUUGACUGUUUCCUGACAGAGAAUAUCAGCUGAUCAGCUAUCUUAACUAUUGUGUGUGUGUGUGUGUGUGUGUGUGCGUGCGCAGGCUGCUGUCUGUGUUUGUGCUGCAGAGCCGGUUCGACCUGCUGCUGUCUCUGUUUUUAAAAACACUCAUCGAUCCGAUCGGCUGAACUUUGCACCACAGAUGAAUUCAUGCUGAGGGUCUGUCCGUGUCUCUGGCCUUGAACGCUCGUUGACUUUAGCGGGUUCACUGCAGAGGAAGGAUGCAUGUGCGGGGGCUCUGCCUCACUGUUGCACAUCAAACAUCUGUUCGUGGAGGACACAGAGUUAACAUCUCUCCAUCUUCACUCCCACAGUCUCGCCUCGGCUGCUGAGGAAAGUCGGUCGUCCGAGGAUGCGUGCCGCCGCGGCCCUCACCCCGCUGGGAGGAGCGGUCCCUGAGGCCCAGGAGGUGUUUCCCACCCUGCAGACGGAGGUGUGGAGCUGGGGUCACGGUGAGCAAGGACAGCUGGGACAUGGAGACAGUCUCGCCAGGUAGGAAGAAGAAGCUCAAACAGAUGAAGGGUCACUACAGUGAAUCAGAUUUUUACCGUAAUGAUCGGAGUAUACGUUCACAACCACAUUUUAGUUUUUGGGGUCAGUCUUAGACCUCCUGGGUUUGGUGCUCCUCUGACAGCCUCACCCCAGAAUUGUUGUGUGUGUGUGUGUGUGUGUGUGUGUGCAGGUUACAGCCGCUGUGCAUCAAGAGUCUGAACAGUAAGGAGGUGGUGCGUCUGGCUGCUGGUGCUCAUCACUCCCUGGCUCUGACGGCUCAGUCUCAGGUCCGCUCUGAAAUGAUCCUUCACUUCUGGGUCGUGUGUGUGAGACGGUGAGACCCGGUUUAAAUGUGGACCUUUCUCUCUCAGGUGUUCUCAUGGGGAAGUAACAGCUGCGGUCAGCUCGGACACAUGGAGGCGCCCAGCACCAUCCCUCGCCUCGCUAAAGUGAGAACCUCCUCCUCGCACACACACACACACACACACACACACACAGCAAGGUCAGAGUUGAGAUAGUGACGCUCCUGUCGGCUGCAGCUGUCGGAAGGAAUUCGAGUCUGGGACGUGAGUGCAGGAGAGAGACACACGGUCCUGCUGGCAGACGGAGACUGCAUCCAGCCCAUCAUUUACUACAGCGGGCAGCAGGUGAAGGACGGAGAGGAGGAGCGCCGCCCUCAGGAGGAGGAGAAAGAGGAGGAGGAGGAGGAGGAGGAAGAGAAGCAGCGUGCAGGAGGCUACACCCAGCAGCCCGUCCUGCUGCCUUUCUGCAUGAACGUGAGGAUGGAGACGUUGUUCUGUCUGAGCAGGUUGGUUGAUUUUCACAGACGGCCUCCAUGAUUGUUCCCGUUUUCCCGUCUUUCAGCUGCGAUACGUAAGCAACGUGUUCGCCGGCGGACAGAGCUGCGUGGCGCUCUCCGACAGGAACGUGAUGGGCUUCAUCGCCAGCCUCCAUGAGCUCGCCUCCGCCGAGAGGAAGUUCUACUGCAAGCUGAGCAACAUCAAGACCCAGAUCAUACGCCCUCUGCUGGAGCUAGGUGAGAAUGACACUGAGGGAGAGAGACAGAGAGAGAGAUUUUAUGCUUUUUUUUAAAAUUUGAUCUAUUUUUUAAUUUUGUUUUAUUAUAUAUUUAUUAUAUUUUAUUUAAUAUAUUUAUUAUUUCAUAAUUAUUUUUUUAUUUUAUAUAUCCCAAUAAAAUAUGAGUUUAUGAGCUUGUGGAUUCUGUAUUUAUUGUCAAAGUAUUUAUCAGUAAUAUAGUGUAUAUGACAGGAAAACAUUGUAAGUCGAUUUCAGUGAGCGCUCCUAAAUUUUGAGGUUCGUUUCCACUGUGUCUGAAAAGUUAGUCUGGAGCCCUCAGAGGUUUUUGAGAUCGAAGUUUCCGUUUAAUUUCAGAAUCUCUGAGCUCAGCUCUCGGUCAGGUGACCCUCGGGCUCCUGCAGACUCUGGCGGGCAGGUUCAGCCUCCUGUGUCACCUGACCGGGCAGCACGCCGCCAGCCUCACGGCCAACCUGCGCCGAGGCCGAGACGUCAAGAGUCUGCUCAUCCUGGACCACGUGGACAUCUUCCUGGACUCUUACAAUGAGUAUGUGUUUCCUCACCUGCUCAGGAACUGGCUGACUCUGGACUUUGAGGAGUUAAUCUGAUGGGGUCUCUUUAUUCCUGCUCAGGUACUGCGGUCCUCUGGGAAACUUCCUGGUGAUGGGGGGUUUCCAGAGCCUGACCAAACCCUCGCUGUAAGAAAACUCACUUUUUGCUCCCAAAUGCAGAAGUAACCCGUCGAGUCUGUUUGAAGUAACUGCAGAUUUUUCCUCUGCAGAGAUUUCUUCGGGAAGAGUCCUGAGCUGCUCCAGAAGCUGUCCGAGUGCAGUGAGGAGAACCCUGCCAUGUCUGACCUCCUGGUGGCGCUCUUCUACCUCCCCACCCGCCACCUGCAUGAAUACGGACGGCUGCUGCUAAAACUGGCGACCUGCUUCGAAGUGGUGAGAGCGUCUUUAGAUUGUGAAGGCUGGGAAGAACAAAACUUUGUUUAUUUAAAGGAGUUUUUCUUCAAUCUGAAUGAGUGUCUGUCCUUAUUAUUACAGAGUAAAUAAUUAUAUAAUAAUUAUAGAGUAAAUAAUUAAAAUAUUAUAUAAUAAUUAUAGAGUAAAUAAUAUUAAUAAUAAUAUAAUAAUUAUAGAGUAAAUAAUUAUAAUAACUAUAGAGUAGAUUAGUAUGAUAAUUAUAUAAUGACUAUUGAGUAAAUAAAUAUAAUAAUGAUAUAAUAAUUAUAAUAAUUAUAGAGUAAAUGAUUAUAAUAAUUAUAUAAUAAUUAUAGAGUAAAUAAUUAUAAUAAUUAUAUAAUAAUUAUAGAGUAAAUAAUUAUAAUAAUUAUAGAGUAAAUAAUUAUAAUAAUUAUAGAGUAAAUAAUUAUAAUAAUUAUGUAAUAAUUUUAGAGUAAAUAGUUAUAAUAAUUAUAUAUUUCUAAAGUAGAUAAGUAUGAUAAUUAUAUAAUGACUAUUGAGUAAAUAAAUAUAAUAAUUAAAUAAUAAGUAUAGAGUAAAUAAUUAUAAUAAUUAUAUAAUUAUAGAGUAGAUAAGUAUGAUAAUUAUAUAAUGACUAUAAAGUAAAUAAAUAUAAUAAUUAUAUAACAAUUAUAGAUUAUAAUAAUAAUAAUUAUUAUUAUUAUUGUUAAAUGACUAUAGAGUAACUAAUUAUACUAAUUAUGUAAUUAUUAUAGAGUAAUUAUUAUAAAGAUAUAAUGAUUUUGAGUAAAAAAUUAUAAUAAUAUGGUAAUCAUAGAGUAGAUAAUUAUAAUAAUUAACAAUAAUAUAAUAACUAUCGUGUUCAUAAAUUUAUAAUGAUUACAGAGUAAAUAAUAAUGAUAAUUAUUGAAUGAUUUUAGAGUAAAUCAGAUAAAUCAGUCCGUCAAAGUCUGUCCCCUUCACCCUCACGUUCUUGUUUUUAUUUUCAGGUGUGUUUUCAUUGGUUAUCCAAAUAAUCUCUGUAGUUUUUUCUCAUAUUACACUUUUAACUCUCUCUGUUAUAAUCAGCCCUGUUCUGUAUGAUCUGCUUUAUUUAAACUCAUUCUUAGAUCAAUCAGAAAUCACUCGUGUCUAAAAUGUUUGUAAUCUUCAGGUUUGACCUCCACCUUGUAGUUUUUGCUGGUAUCCAGCAGAUGGUGCUGUUUACCUAUUUUAGUCUACAGAGAUCAGUGUGUCUGUGUAACUUCAGUUUAUGAUUCAGACCUGAGUCAGUGAAAAUAUUUGAAACAGAAAAUCCUGUUCAUAUCAAAUAAUUCUGUGACUCUGUGAAAGUUCUGGAUGUUCUGACGGACCCGAAUCUGACUCUUUGAACCUCAGUAAGUUUAUGUUCCUGUGUUCCGCUCCUCAGUGCUCCAAUGAUUACCAGAAGCUGCAGGAAAGCUGCUCCAGGUUCGAAGCUCUGGCGCUCCAGCUGAAGAAGAGACGGAAAGAAGCCGACUACACCUUCAACUUCUGGAAGAACUUCCCCGGGAAAAUGACGGUAAACUGCCCAGCGUGUCCAAUCACGUCCUCGUGUUGUCACAUGAUGUCACAGGCGGCUGAAUGGUGUCAUUGUGUGUCGUCAGGAGUCUCUGAGGAAACCUCACCGCCGCCUCAUCUGUGAGAGCAGCAACAAAGCUCUGACCCUGCAGAACGCCGGCAGGUUCUCCGUCAACUGGUUCAUCCUCUUCAACGAUGCUCUGGUCCACGCACAGGUGAGUAACACUCACACACUCACACACACACGCACACACACACACACACACACACACCCUCCUCAUCAGUCCAUAUCUCAGCUCUGUAUCUGGGUGUUUGAAGCCUCUGUGUGUGCUUGCCUCCGUGCUGUCAGGGCGUGGCGCCUGUUAAAAGUCUCGUAAGUAUGCAGACACGCACAGAUAACAACACCGAACCUGAACUCUUCCUCAACCUGUGUGUGUGUGUGUGUGUGUGUGUGUGUGUGCGUGCGUGCGUGUGUGUGCGUGUGUGUGUGUGUGGGGGGGGGUUUAGGGCUCGGUGUCACUGGAUUUAACCCUGCAGGAGCUGACUCACAUUUAAAGACAUCAGUCUGUGUCAGCUGGAGUCAGAGCAGGGUUCGACUGCUGAGUCAGGUGAAGAAGUCCAGUGACAUGAAGCCCUAUUACCCCCACCCCCACCACCCCACCCCACCCUGCAUGGAAGGAUGAACUGACCCACUCAUGGCUCGUUCAUGUCGGUCUAACUCUCUCCUAACCUCCUCCUCCACUCUCACUUCCUCCCCCUGAGACUCGAUCAGCUGAUUCAUUCAAACUCUCUGUUCUUCAUCAUCACUCUUCCUCUUCCUCCCUGUUUCUCUCCUCUACUCUUGUGGUGGUCCUGUGACCUUUGACCCCUGUCUGUUCUGCUGUUAGAUCCUGUAAAUACUGGUCCUUAAACGGAGGUCUGCUGCAGAUCUGUGAGGAGUCCUGCAUGUCCUCCUCCUCCUCCUCCUCCUCCUCUGUAGAGCUGCAUGUCUUCACUCUCUCUAAACUCCUCCUGUUUUUAAUCUCAGUGUUUUCCACAAUCAUGAUUUUCAGAUUCAUCAGAAAUAAUCAUGUUUUCACCUUCUUCUGCUCCUUAUUUGUCCACCCCCUCACGCACUGAUAGUUUUCUCUUUUUUUAACAUAAUAUUUAAUUUUAUUUUCAUGUGAUCAAACUUAAAUCAUAUUAACACAAACACAUAAAUUCAGAACAGAGCAGAAAAAAGAGGAAAAAAAGAACAUUUUUUUAAAAGGUAAAUAAGUGCAUACAUAAAUAAAUAAAUAACACCUAAAGUGUUCCGUAGUGUGGCAGGUUUGUCAGUCUGUUCAGAAUCAAAAUCAUAUUCAUACAUUUUUUUCUUAUCUGUUUCUCUGUUUCAUCAAACAGAGUAUACAUGGUAAUAGAAAUAGUAACACUAGUUGAUUUGGCCUCUGAUAGUAAAAUAAAUAAACUAGCGUCGUCCUGCUGGUUGGACGGUCUUGUUUAGUCCCAACAUUGAAAUCUUCGGUUUAGCUUGUGUCGUCUGUGAACUCCAUUGUUAUUGACGGUGAUCAGACUCCUGUCUCUGAGGAUUGACUGAUCCAUUAACCAUCUUUUUGUUUCUUUCUGAAAACUUCUCUGGUCUUCUCCUGUCUCUCUCUCUCUCUCUCUCUCUCUCUCUCUCUCUCCUCUCUCUCUCUCUCUCUCUCCUCCCUCUCUCUUCCAUCGUCCACGCUCCGCCCCUCCCUCCUCCUGCAGUUCUCCACCCAUCACGUCUUCCCUUUGGCCACGUUGUGGAUGGAGCCGAUUCCAGAGGAGAACACAGGCGUGUAAGUCUGCAGACCCUCGCUGUGUCGUCUUCAUCGAUUUAAAAUAACUUUGUUUUUCUUCCUCCGGACUUUAUUAUAAUUUCUUUGUUUAUUUUUUAAAAUAAUUUCCAGUGUGAGAACUCUGUGAAUGUUGAUGUUUGCAGAUAUGGACUGAAGGUGAUCACACCUGAGGAGACGUUCACCCUGCUGGCCUCCUCUCCCAUGGAGAAGGUCAGUAUUUGAUCGUCACUUGAUCGUCUGAAGACUCUGAGCGAUCUCCUCCGUUGUUGAAACUGCGAUGGUCUUGGUCUUCAGGCUAAGUGGCUCCGCUCCAUAAACCAGGCGGUGGACCAGGCGCUGUGCGGAGCGGGACAGGACGCAGCCUCGGUCGGCUCCGGGUCGGGACAGAAGUUGGAGCCUCCGAUCUCCAGGACGGCCUCUUACACUUUUUACAAAGACGGACGAAUGAAAGACGCCAAAUAUGAAGGACGCUGGCUCACCGGGAAACCACACGGCAGGUUAGACUGAGACGCCGCCCCUCUGAAGUCCAGUUAUCGAUCCAAACACUGACCCGGUUUUAAGAGUGUGACGUUUUUCAGGGGCGUGUUAAAGUGGCCUGAUGGACGGGUGUACACAGGAUCCUUCAAGAGCGGGCUGGAGGACGGGUGAGUCCGAACCUCUUCAUCAUCAUCUUCAUCAUCAGAGUGUGUGCACAAUCAUUAGGAAACUUGUAUUUUUGAGGAUUAAUUCUAUUUUUGAUCAAGUAAAGUGAACUACAAUAAACCUCAAACCUGAAUAUUUAAGUGAGAUUUCAGCUUUCUUAGGAGAAUAUCUAUGUGUGCACAAUUAUUGGGGAACUAUUAGUGAGCAGAACUAUGAAGUACCUGAAUUAAAAAUGAACAUUUCCCAUCUCACCUGUUUAUUUUCGUUGGUUAAUUAGAGAAUAAUAAAACAACUCAAAACUUACAAAUAAAAUUUCACGAGUGCUGCAUCCCUCUGAAAGACGCUUUACAAUGUUCGACUUUCCAGAGUCUCUUCAGUCUCUUUUUUGGUUCAUUUCUCCUGAAGGGAAAAGAAGCUGCCUAAUAAUGAUGCACACCCUGAUAUCAGGUGUUGAUCUCCUUAGGCUCCACCCUCCCAAAUACACAUCACCUGAUAUAAUUAUAUCCAAUAAGCAUUCAGGGUUAGACAGCUCGGAGUUGGAAAAUAUGCAUAAAAAAGAUGAUAUGGUCAAAACACUCACCUGUCUGAUGAUUGUGGACACAGAGAGUGUGUGUGUGUGAGCUCUGAGGUGAGAUCAGAGCUGAUGUUUGUGUCCUGCUCUGAUACCUUCAUGUCUCUGUGAAGCUUUGGGGAGUUUGUGGCUCCAAACAAGACGCUGAACAAGAACGACCACUAUCAGGGUCACUGGAGAGACGGCAAGAUGCACGGGCCGGGAACCUACCGGUAAGAGUGUGUGUGUGAGUGUGUGUGUGUGUGUCUGUGUGUGUGUGUGUGCUGAUGAAGAAAUGAUCAACCUCGCCAUCUGUCCGUCCGUCCGUCUGCAGGUACGCCAGCGGGGAAGUUUACGACGGAUCCUUCCAGGACGGCCUGCGACACGGUCACGGCAUGCUGCGCAGCGGGAAGCUCAACACCUCCUCGCCAAGCGUCUUCAUCGGCCAAUGGCAGCAGGACAAAAAGGCGGGAUACGGCGUCUUUGAUGACAUCACAAAGUAAGCACGUACUCGACGGCGAAAACAUGAGCCGAAAACACGUCUGAGCGGCAAAGAUCCUCAGGAGGGCGGAGUCAGGUCAGGUGGUCAUUUCUGUGUUUCUGUGCAGAGGCGAGAAGUACAUGGGGACGUGGCAGGACAACCAGCGGCAGGGCACGGGGGUGGUGGUCACGCAGUUCGGCCUUUACUACGAAGGAGCCUUCAAAGACAAUAAAAUGAUGGUGAGCGCCUCGGUCCCUGACCCGGGUCACAGUAGACCAGGGUCCGGUAUGACGACUGUUUAAUGAUGAUAGAGAGAGUGUGAAGGAGGAGGCGGAGCUAAAGGAAGGUGGUUUCUGUUCAGGGCUCCGGGAUCCUCCUGUCAGAAGACGACACCACGUACGAGGGGGAGUUCUCCGACGACUGGACCCUGAACGGGAAGGUGAUGAAUGAACGUCCAAUCAUAAACGUCCUGUUUCCGUCUUCACGGUUUCUGAGGUGUUCAGAUUUAACCCUUUAUCAGUCUGACAGACUCUGGUCCUCCUCUGGUCCUCCUCAGGGCGUCCUCACCAUGCCAAACGGAGACUACCUGGAGGGCUCUUUCAGCGGGGAGUGGGGUUCUGGACUAAAGGUGUCAGGGUCCUACUUCAAACCUCACCUCUUCGACACCGACAAGGACAAGACCCGCGCCGCAGUGUAAGCUCUCCAGCUGUGAGAUUGACCCUUGAACCCUUCGUCUUCUCACCUCUUCACGCUCUCUGCUCCGUGUGUUUGGCAGGAAGCUGGGGCGUCUGUGCGUGUGCGCCGACGAUAAGUGGCAGGCCGUGUUCGAGGAGUGCUGGGGUCAGCUGGGCUGUGAGGCGCCGGGUCGAGGAGAGAACUGGAAGGCCUGGGAGAACAUCGCGGUGGCUCUGACCACCAGCCGGCGGCACAUCCAGGACAGGUACGCGAGUCCUUUAACAAGACCGCCAGAGUACAGAGAACCUGGGGAGGAGGUCUAACCGGGUUUUCUCUCCCUCAGUCCUGAGGUGAUGUCUCGGAGUCACAGCCGAACCCUGGAGAGUCUGGAGUUCAUCCCACAGCACCAAGGUCCGAUCACCAUGGAGCGAUACCACGCCAUCCGCCUUUACCUCAUCAAGGUAAACCCGCCCAUAUUUGGAAGGCGGGUUUUUAGAGUUUUAACCCUCCAGGUUUCAGUCCUGGAUAAUAAGACCCCUGAGACUGAGGUUCACAGAAACCAGAGUUAGUCUGACCUGAUCAGAGUCUGAAUGGAGACCUGAAACAUCAUCAUCAUCAUCAUCAUCCUCCUCUUGUCCUCCAGGCCUGCGACACCCCCCUCCACCCACUGGGCCGGCUGGUGGAGACCCUGGUGGCGGUCUACAGGAUGACCUACGUGGGCGUCGGAGCGAAUCGUCGGCUGCUGCCUCAGGCGGUCAACGAGAUCAAGUCUUACCUGAACUGUAUCUACCAGAUCGUCAGGUACUCCGCCCUCAGCUUCAGUCCGAACAAAGAUGGAGGAUGAGGAGGACCUCAGGAGGCUAACAGACGUUUGUGUGUGUGAAGGUUUCUCUUCCCAGACCUGCCAGAAGAGGGCGGCCUCAUUCCAGAACCAACCACCAACCUCCAGGACAAGAAGGAGCCCAACGGGACUGCGGCCCAGCCAGAGUCCCCCAAACCUGGGUAAGUACUGAGCAUCCGUCCCUGAAGCUGUCAGAGCUCCUCAGGGGUCUCUUGGGUUGAAUCGGCUCCUCUGUGCGUCUCCUCAGCCGUGUGGUGAGCUCCUCCGCUCUGCUGCUCCCCGUCCUGCUGCCUCGUCUCUACCCGCCGCUCUUCACUCUCUACGCUCUGGACAAGGAGAGGGAGGACGACGUCUACUGGGAGUGCGUCCUCCGCCUCAACAAGCAGCCCGACCUGUCCCUGCUGGCCUUCCUGGGGGUCCAACAGUGAGUGGAUUAUUGAUUAGUCCAGAUUAUUCCAGUUCUUCUUCUUCUGAACAAAUGAACCUCUCCAUCGUGUCUGUCUUUCCCUCCUCCUCCUCAGGAAGUUCUGGCCCGUCUCCAUCCCCGUCUCUUUGCCCGUCCUGGGGGAGAAGCAGCAGGUGUGUUCAUGAAAAUCCUCCUUGGUCACAUAUUUGAUGGAGCUCUGAGAUGGAGGUCUGAGUAAAACCGUGUAAACUUUUUUCUGGCCUGGUGUCUCCUUCAGGUCCUCUCCAGCACCAAGGACGCCUGCUUCGCCUCGGCAGUGGAAACUCUCCAGCAGAUCAGGUUCAGCUCAGUCCAGCUCCCGGUUCAAGAAGACUUCAAGAGCAGCAGGUCACUGGAAUCACCAUCAUGUUCUUGUUUUUCAGCACAACCUUCACGCCGUCAGACAAGCUGCAGGUGAUCCAGCUCACCUUUGAGGAGAUCACCAAGGAGGUCCAGACUCUGUUGAAGCAGGACUUCCUGUGGUCGAUGGACGAGCUUUUCCCCGUCUUCCUCUAUGUGGUCCUGCGAGCACGGUCAGAUCCAAACUCAGACACGCCUCAGAGACCCGUGAAGAACCUCCUCAGGUAACUUCAUCAUCGCUCUAAUGACAGAACCACGUGUCGCCUUUCUCUCCUUACAGAAUCAGGAACCUGGGGUCAGAGGUCAGCCUGAUUGAAGACCUGAUGGACCCCUGUGUUCAGCACGGCGAGCACGGCAUCAUGUUCACCACCUUAAAGGUCAGAGGUCAUUUCAGAGUCUCUGGUGAGUCCGGAUUAUAAGUGACCCCCUAAGAAACCUUCACAUCCACCUUCUUUGACCCUCCAGGCCUGUUACUACCAGAUCCAGCAUGAGAAGAUCACAUAACCCCAGCAGUGCGACCCUCUGUAAGCCCCGCCUCCCACAUCGGCCAAUCACAGGGCCACGAUCAGCCGAGGUGAUGGACGUGUGCAGCAGCCAAUAGGAAGCGGAGGAUCAUAGGAGCAGGUUCAGACGGUCCAUCUGCUGCUGUCAUGGAAACAGAACCACCACCACCCUCACACACACACACACACACACACACACACACACACACACACACUUUGUUUUGACCUUUAGUGACCUCUGCUGACCCCGGGGUAACUGAGGUAUAAAUGUGAAUAUGUGUCGGUGAUGAGCCGCUUCAGACCGUCCAGAAAAACUGACCGACACCUCGGAGACUCAGUACCUGUGAAGAACCGGGCUUCAUACUCCGGUUCUGUUUGUGCCAAUAGGAGCGGUUUUGUUCUGCAGAGAUACUGGACCUGGUUUUGGUUCUGUCUUCACGUGUUCAGCAGACCGAAGAGAAAAAAACUCUUUCCUCGCCGACAGUGUUUCUCCUGAGUCUGACCCCACGGAGAAUUUCCUCCUGACAGUAUGAAACUGACAGCCCAAUGUGUGUGUGUGUGUGUGUGUGUGUGUGUGUGUGUGUGUGUGUGUGUGUGUGUGUGUGUCUGUGUGUCUGUGUGUCUGUGUGUCUGUGUGUCUGUGUGUCUAUUCUCUUUUACAUGAGACAAACUAACACGAUGAAGAUGAUGGGUUAGCUAAAACACUCAGCUACAGAUUUACGGUCAGGUUCGAUGUCGUAUUUAUGCAGAAGACUGAGCAUGAGCAGCAUGCUGGGGACGAAUGUAAACUGACCUCUGAAUUAUGUAAACCGGCUGGAACACUUAAAGGGUCAGUCCACGGUUCACAGUCCUCCAAAUGAAGAUCCAGUAUGACUGAAAACUCACCUAAAACUUCCUGAGACUGAACUCUAAGAGAUCAGGAGGGAAAAAGUCAAAGUAUUAAAAGAGAAACCAGGACAGAGAUUCAUUUCAAGUAUUUCCCCUUUCUUAGAGUUUGCAGGUUAAAAACGUGUGCAGUAAAUGAAAAUAUUCUGAUCUGAAUAGUAACAGGAAAGUUCCUGCAAGUUUGCAAAAUCUAGAAAAGUUUUGGGUUUGAAUGGGGCUCAUGGAGAUCCAGAGAAAUGUGAAAAAAGUGUGUCCCUCUUGAAAGCUUUAGUGUCAUAUUCAUUUUCAUCCCAAGCCUUUAACUUCUGAAAGUAUUACAACAAACAAAGAUCUCCUCAAACUGAACAAAGACUUCCUGUCCCGGAAGUUUCUGGAUGAGUUCUUUAUUUCAAGUUUAGUGAGCCACAGUCCUCUGUUCUUGUCUUCUUGUUCUCAGACACAAAAUCAGAAAUGAAAUCGAUUUAAUCAGGACAGACAGGAAGUCUGACACGACUGUUUUAAAGUCUGUAAAUCUGAAAACAGUCAGAGCAGCAGGUGAGCUCAAAUUAAUGCAAAUACUGAUUUUGUAGAUGUCAGGGAUGCUCAAAGCCGAUUCUCUGCGCCAUCUGUUAACACGAACGGUUCUUUUUUUAAGACCAUUUACAGCCCGACUGUCAGACAUUGUUGCUUAUUUGAGAUUUGCGUCACACAUGCCAGUUUAAAAAAGGGCUUAGCGAGGAUUCAGAGGAUGACCGAUGAGCCCUUUUUUCAUUUUUUAAUAACAUGGCUUUUGUUUCCUCAGAUGGUUUAACAAUGGAGAGGCCCAUGGAUCAGAGCACUAAAUUUAGGGUUCUGAAAAUCAAUCUACAGAAUAAAAGUGCUCAAAAUACCGGCCUUUAAGUCCAAAACUGAAAAUGUUCUUAUUGGAAAUGUCAGGGAAAUUAGAAAUCAAACAUUUCAGUUUGAUAAAGACUGAGAACUGGACUCAGAGUGAAGCUAACGUUGUUCAGGAAUAACUGUUUUCUUUUUUCAUGGUUAGUUAUCCGAGUUUGACUUCUGCUCUUUUACACACUCACAGCUGUUUCAUUUCUCCUCUGUUAACUUCUCUGUCAGGUUUAUGAGAGUUUAUGGAGCUUCACCUUCAAGGUUUUCUGUAAGAAAUCUAAACUGUAGCGUUCAUGUUGUUAUUAUUAUUCAUGUUAUUAUUCAUGUUCAUUUCAUGCACAAUGACCCUUCAGGAGGUGGAAGCUGUGAAAACAUCAAAACUGACUUGUGAACCAAACCUCAUAGGCAGAAUAAGACAUUUAAAGUUCAUGGUUGUUUAUGAAGUGCUGUUGAACCCAAACUGAAAACCUUUGUACAAACUGAAGUAAACACUCAUAAGCUCAUGUUCGGCUCAUGAUUUGAACCUGCUGACAUCUGUUUAGUUAGCGAGCUUUACAUCGACAUCUGUAUAUGAAGAAAUCAGCCCACACAGGUCGGACUGGUGCAUCCUGGGAAAAAUGAUGUGUUCUGUUAGAGGGCUUUGGUGGCUACAUUUGAGUGUUUCAGCUGGCUGACAUGACUCCUCCUGUGUGUCUCUUACCUGAUGUCAGGUGUGUUGUACCUUUGGAAGAAUGACCGAGGACAAUAAAUGCAUUUGAUGGAUGUUGUUGUUUCUCUCGAACAGAAACGGUGAAGUUUUGUUCUUUUUCUCUUCUUGUGUCAAAGUCAUCAAACAUCUCGGCUUCUCUGAUUGUUGGUUAUGAAGGUUUAUUAACACUGUACCUCUAUUAACAUUAUUAACAUGACCUCAGAAGCCCCAUAAUUAAAAUAUGGGCUGAACGUUUGAAGAUGACAACUUUUCAUUUUUGUCCAUUUAAAAUUUUUGAUAAAGUUGAACCCAAAAAGUAAAUUUACAGCUUAAAAAAAAA